AUGGAUGAUGAGAAGGCCUUGGCGGCCGUCAAGCAAAACGCGGUCGGACUCGUUGACAUCGAGAAGACUCCGGCGUGUGUGGCAACCCAGGAAGUGGAGGGCGAUGCUCUGCCCGAAGAUGAACACCCAAGGAACUGGACGCUGCGACGGAAGUGGUUGGCCGUGGGCAUUUCCUCAUUGCUUACAACGAUUCCACCCGUCGCUUCAUCGAUUGUAGCACCGGCGCUGGAACGAAUUCGAAAUGAUCUCAACAUCACGAACAAAGCCGUCGAGUUUCUGGUUCUUUCUAGCUGGCAAUUGACUUUCAACUGUGGUCCGUUCAUUCUAGGCCCACUUUCUGAGACUUUUGGACGAGUCGCGGUACUCCAGGGGGGCAUGCUCUGGUUUCUGGUGUUCAACCUCGUUUGCGGCUUGUCUAGAGAUACUGGAACCAUGAUCGCUUGUCGCUUCCUCGCUGGCUUUGGGGGUGGAUCUGGAGUAGCGACGGGCUUUGGUGUUGUGACUGACUUGUUUGAAGCUCACGAGCGCGGCAACGCUGUGGCGCUGUACAACAUCGGGCCCACGCUUAGCCCAGCGAUUGGGCCAGUAUUCUCAGCUUUUGUUGUCGAGUAUUCCACCUGGCGAUGGUCCUUUCACGCUAUCACCAUCUGGACUGGUGUCGUUCUACUUGGGUCUGUCUUCUUCCUACAAGAGACUCGAGAGUCAGUCCUAAAAUCCUGGAAAAGCCUGGACAUUCAGGAUCCACAGAACUUUCAAAUGCCCUCUCCCAUGCACCGCAAGUCUGCAGCAAAACUCGCCCGAUUCCAGUCGCAGCUAGUUCAAGCUGCCAAAAAGACGCCGAAUGCACUGCUCAGACCCUUUCAAAUGCUGGGGAAGGAGCCUGCGGUCCAAGCACUGGCUCUGCUCAACGCCUAUUUCUACGGCAUCAUGAUGCUGGCUGUCGCCAUAUUUCCCACCCUCUAUGUCCCGGUCUACGGUCAGACGAUUUCCAUUGCAGGACUGCACUACAUGUCCUUGGCGUUGGGGUAUUUGGGCGGAGGAUACCUUUGCAAGUUUGGGAUGGACAAGACAUACAACCAUCUUCGCCGUCGUCUUGGUGGACCGGAUCAAACAGGGCGACCGGAGUUUCGCAUACCUCUGAUGAUUAUCGGGAGCAUUUCCGUGCCUGUUGGCCUGUUCCUCUUCGGCUGGUCAGCACAAAACACUUGGCAUUGGAUUGUGCCGGAUAUUGGCGCUUUUGUCUUCUCUGCCGGGAUCAUGAUCAGUAUUCAAUCGGCUACGAACUACAUGGUCGAUGCUUAUACCGAGUUUUCUGCAAGCGCUAUCGGAGCCACUUGGUUCUUGCGUGGCAUUGCGGGGUUUACGCUUCCUAUCGUGUCUCCAUAUUUGUACCAGCAUCUGGACCUCGGCUGGGGUACCUCUUUGCUUGCUUUUAUCGCCAUGGCUGUUGGGCUGCCCGCUCCUUUGUUGCUUUGGAAAUAUGGAGAGAUGCUACGGAGUCGCAGUAAUUUUUCGAACAUUUGA